ACUCGCCUGCUCACACCCAGGCAGGUGUUAGCCCCCGGGGCUUUCCACAGCUCCCGUCUUUUCUAAUUCUCUUUUCCCAAGGAGAGGCUGGAGCCCUGCAUCCGACCGUGCUCUGCUGCCAGGAAAACCCCAAAAAAGGAAGAAAGAAGUGCGAGAGACAGAAAAAAAAGAUGUUGGCGCUGUCUAAUGACACAGCACUGAAUUCGUUCCUCUCCAAGCUGUUUCAAGACUACCUGGAGCGGACGAACAGCUCUGCACCUUCUCAGGUCCAAAGUGGUGGUGGCAGCCUGGAAAUCGUCUAUGUGCUUCUGCUGAUCGGCUUCUUUGGCUUCUUCACGGUGGGAGUCAUGCUGACCAACAUCCGUGCCAGGAAGCUGGAAGACUCCCGUGACCCCUACAACAUGUACAUUGCCUCAGACGUCUGGCCCAAGAAGGACAGGGCAUAUUUUCAGGCCAAGCUCAUAGAAAAUUACAAAUUGUGCUAUGUCUUUGAAAACCCACUGGCUGUUGAGCAGCCAGACACACAGAUUCCUGAGGUGAAGUCCUCCUAGCAAAAUGGGAGAAGGGAUGAACUUUACGGAGGGACAACCUGAACAUCACCUGGUAUGAACCAGGUUAGCUUUUUGCCUGGCCUGCCCAAGCAGAGUCAUCUGCACUGGCCUUGGCCAGCCUGAAAAAACAUGAAUUAACGGUGAAGCUGACAGGUUUGUGAUGAUCGUGGUGUUUCAAAAGUGCCCCACCACAAGCCCCUUGUUGCAGUCACUCUAAGGUCAAGAUGGGGCACACACCAUCAGAGGGAGCAUCAUGGACUCAUCAGCUGCACCCAGGGAAAAAUGCAAAUGCUAGCGUUGCCAGUGUAAACCCUUGCAGUAGUCAGUGUAAUUAAAACCAAAAUGGAUCAAGCAUAGGCUGGAAAUAUUAACAGUUAAGGACAGUUUAGACAAGACCAUUUUCAAGUAAGAUCAGCUUCUUCCAAGAAAAAGUAGCUGAAAUAUUUCAUUUGUACUUUUUCCCAGUAUAAAAUAAUCAUUUUAUAGAAUGUGCAAUGUUGUAGAUGACCUAUUUCUUUCCAAAUCAUUCACCUUCUUGAGAUAAAAUUUUAGAAAAAGGUUUCCAUUUUGCACUGAAAAUAAUUACUGUGGAAAAAUGCAAACUUUUGAGGGAAAUUUUUUAGUGACUGACCCUAAUUCCCGGCAGGUCCCACAGACCAGCCUUGCUGACUGCUUUCAUUGUUCCUUCUCAAGGAUCGAGUUUAAACUGGCAGUGAUAUCCACCCUUGUGCAAAGACUCAGUGGCACACAGGGUUUAUGUCAUGCAAGUAUGUAAUAUUUUGAGAGUUUAAAUCAAAUUUAAUCAUUGUGCUAGCCCUUGGUUGGGAAGUGGAUUUCCACACUGGUGAGUUGUCUCAUAAAAUAUCUGAUAUUUAAUCACUGAUUCAGCUUAUGUCUGUGCUUAACUUUACACCUGUGAGCAGUUCCUUUAGCUCCCAAGAGUAGCCUCACUCAGUCUGAUUCUUUAUUACAGUAUCCAAAGAGAGGUCCAUGCCAGUAACAUUUUCCUGUCCUUGGCCUCCUGACAGUCUCCUUCUGUGGACCACCUCUGCUGAGCUGCUGGGGGAAAAGCAGCAACCGAACUUGGCUUCUGUGGCAAGAAGUAUCAGCUGUCUGUGUUAAAACAGAAAAAUACAGCUCCCUUGGACACUGCAUUACUUAAAAUAGCAACCUAGCCAGCUUGAAGCCUGUUUUCUUGUUCGGGAUCAAAGCAGCAAAAGUCUGGACAGAAAGGGGUUUUCAUUUCUACUCUGCAGAUACACAUCCCAGUUUUAGCUGCUGGAUAGUAAAGUGAAGUGGCAAAGGCUUGAAAGAAAGCCAUGCAGAGCAGCUGCUUCAAAGGCAAAGUGAGAGUAGAGCGGAGGCAGAUAGCUACCCAAGUGUUUGAACAGGCAAGGGAUAUGAGUGACAGCAUAUUCCCUUUCUAUGUAUAGGUACUUCCUUAGCAUUGCACUUUCAUUAAAGCAGUACUCCAGCCAUGACUGUGUUCCCAGAAUACUUGAACUUAUGACAAUUAAAAUACAAGGUAAUUUUUUCAAAGCCAUUUAUAUGGCGCCUACCAUUAAGCUGAGGGCAAGGUAUGUGUUUUAAGUGUCCUGACCAGCUUGGAAAACCUCCAUUGGUUUAAUUAUCUGAAUCACUUUUUCCUCUAAAGGAAUGCAAACCAAAGCCAGCCUUUGGAAAAAUGUUGGCUUCCCAUCUUGGACACGGCUCUUCUGGGUUCUUACUGUGCAGUCUGUUUAUUACUUGCAUUUCCCUCCCUCUAUGGGAGUACAAAUGAUCUUGCUUUCUGGUUCUCCAGAGUCAGGCCUGUGCAACAUUACUAAGAAUGUUUAAGCUUGAAAUAAAAAAUAUCUUUUAAUUACAUUAAGAUCUUUAAACAUUAAGCUUGUCAAAACAGCUCCCUCCUGCAGCUCCCCCUCCACACCAGGUAUUUUCAGGUAUUUUGGGUCUUUGCACCAACUGGCCAUCUUGUUUUAAUAGCUCCAGUGUAAUUAUUUGUGACAAAGGUGAUUGUCAGCAUUAGUUAACUUCCCUUUUUUUUUUUUUUUCCUUUGAGCUUUGUCUUUUUAUGUAUUUAAAAAAGAGGGAAACAUUGUCAUAAUGCUUUCCUGUGUAGCCAGGUUACAAAUCACCAUUUGAUGGCAGUUGUAAACUCCCACCAUGGGCUUUCACAUUACCUUUUCAUCUUGCAGUUCUCCUUUUUCCUGUAUUUUUUCACUUGUACAAAACUAAUAAAAUGUUAAUUAUA